CUAAUUUGUCGUACAUGAUCCAAUGUCUGUGGUUUAUAUUCUCCUUGCUAGCGGUAGCACUGGGAGGAAGAAACUGCGAUCCUGGCUUUUCAAGGAUAAUUUUCCAGGUUGAUUAGCUACAGUACAUACGUACUGUAACGACUUGGCGCGAACAAGGACUGCUGGAGGAGACGAAAAUGAUGCAUCAGCAAUCCAUGAUGGUUGGAGAUAUGAUACCCGUACAUUCUGAAAUACCCGUGCAUACUGAAGAGAUGAAUAACGUUGGGUACGACAAUAGUAACUCGUAUGCUUAUGACGACUUGUUUCCGGCUUUGCCGCAUUCGCAGCCACCUGUGCAACGCAACAUCCAACAAGUCACUAAUAAACUACGUGUCGGCUCUUCGCUUCAUACUCAGGUUUUCCAUGUGCCAUAUGAAGAAAGAAAAUUGGACAAUGCUAACACUUUUGGUGAGGGCGAAUCUUUGAGAACUUGUCAAUCAAUCACCAAGGACACCGGAGCCCAUAUUGAGAUAUCUACAAGCAAGGAUGGAAGCUUGACUUUUCUGAUAACUGGAAAGCACAGCUCCGUUCUCGAUGCCAGAAGACUUAUAUUAACUCAUUUUCAGCAACAGGCAAGCAAGCAAAUAACAAUCCCGAAAGAACACCACCGUUGGAUUCUAGGUAAACAAGGACAAAAAUUGAAAGAGCUUGAGAAGGUUACUGCUACUAAGAUUAGUGUGCCCGGUAUAGCUGACAAUAAUGAGACUGUUACGAUUACUGGUACAAAAGAAGGAAUUGAAAAAGCUGAACAUGAAAUUCGUGUCUGCUCCGAGGAACAGUCGCGUAAAGCUCUUGAGCGUAUCACUGUACCGAAGAUCUAUCACCCAUUCAUCCAUGGUCCAUUUGGGGAGCGCUCUGCUGCGCUUAGUGCAGAGACCGGUGCUCGAAUUCAUAUUCCGCCAGCGUCAACUCAAAACGAUGAAAUCGUUAUUGCUGGAGAGAAAAAUGGAGUUUUAGCUGCUAAAGCACAAAUAGAGCAGAUUUAUGAAGAAAUGGCAAAAAAAUGCUCAACUGUCCGCGUCGAAGUACCUAAGUCUCAACAUAAAUAUGUGAUUGGUGCUCGAGGAAAUACGAUUCAGGAAAUUUUGAAAGAAACUGGAGUGUCCGUUGAAAUGCCCCCACCUGAUUCUCCGACUGGCACUAUAACUCUUCAUGGUCCACAUAAUAAAAUUGGUCUUGCCCUAUCUAAGGUUUGCGAAAAAGCUAACUCUGUCAAAACUGCAACUGUUGAUGCACCAACUUGGAUCCACAAAUAUAUUAUUGGAAAGAAUGGCUCUAACAUUAAAAAGAUUACCCAAGACUUUUCAAAGGUACAUGUGGAUAUAACGCAUUCUGAGGAUAAGGUUAAAAUAGAUGGACCACCAGAAGAGGUAGAACGCGCUCAAGUAGAACUGGAUGACUUUGUCAAGAAUUUGCUUGCAACACUGACAUAUGUCGAGCUUACUGUUGAUCCUAAAUUCUUUAAACAUAUUAUUGGCAAAAAUGGAACAAAUAUUAACAGACUGAAAGACGAGACUGGUGUAGUAAUAAACAUUAUUGAAAACGAAGGAAACAACGUAAUCCGUAUCGAAGGUAGCCAUCAAGGCGUCGCCGAUGCAGAGAGGGAAUUAAGAGAGAUGGUAAUGAAACUAGAGAAUGAAAGAUCCAAAGAAGUUUUUGUAGAUCAUAGAUACAUUAAAUCAUUAAUAGGAGUUAGAGGCGACAAAAUUAAAGAAAUUCGUGAGAAGUUUGAUCGUGUACUCAUAUCACUGCCAGACCAAGGUCAAAAGAGAAGUCCAAUUAAAUUAAGAGGACCCCAAGAAGACAUUGAAAAAUGUGAAAAAUACCUCCACAAAUUAAUGAAAGAGAUUGCCGAAUCAUCCUAUGUCCAGGAAGUGCCUAUUUUUAAACAAUUUCAUAAAUUUAUUAUUGGUAAAGGUGGUGCUAAUUUAAGAAAGAUUCGAGAUGAAACUCAAACUGCAAUUGAUCUUCCUGCAGAAGGAGAUGAUAGUGAUGUUAUUACUGUAAGAGGUAAACGGGAAAAUGUAGAGGAGGCCGUUAAAAGAAUACAGCAAAUCCACAACGAAAAAGCAAAUAUUGUAACCGACGAAGUUACGAUUGCGCCUAAGUACUAUAAUUCAUUAAUUGGUGCGGGCGGGAAACUCAUUCAUUCCAUUAUGGAGGAGUGUGGCGGUGUACUUAUUAAAUUUCCGGCUGCCGAUAGCGAUAGUGAUAAGGUAUUGAUUAGGGGCCCUAUAGAAGAUGUAGAGAAGGCUAAACAGCAAUUAUUGGCGCACGCAAGUGAACGUGAACUCACAUCUCACACAGCACAUGUUCGCGCUAAACCAGAGCAUCAUAAGUUCCUAAUUGGAAAGAGUGGUGCAAAUAUUAAAAAGAUUCGGGAGCAGACCGGAGCUCGUAUUGUAUUCCCGACAGAAAAAGAUGAAGACAAGGAAGCCAUUUUCAUUAUUGGACGCGAGGAGCAAGUGGAAGCAGCGCGUAAACAGCUUGAAACUGCUGUGGCUGAAAUUAGCAACGUAUCGGAAGGUGAAAUGUCUGUGGACCCUCGCCAUCACCGGCACUUCGUGGCGCGACGCGGGGAAGUGUUGCGACGCAUUGCAGACGAUUGCGGCGGUGUGCAGAUAUCCUUCCCGCGCCAAGGCGUCAGCAGCGAUCGUGUCGUUCUAAAGGGACCUAAAGAAUGCAUUGAGGCGGCUAAGAACCGUAUCAAUGAAAUAAUCGAAGAUUUAGAAGCCAAGGUUACAAUUGAAUGCAUUAUUCCUCAAAGGCAUCACCGCACGGUAAUGGGUGCUCGCGGUGCCAAGGUUAAAGACAUCACAGCUGAAUUCGAUGUGCAAAUUAAGUUCCCAGAGCGCGAUCCUACAGAAGGUGCGGAUAUACCUGUUAAAAAUGACGAAAGCUCAGAACCAAGUUUUAAUGACAUUAUCAGAAUAAUGGGCCGCCCUGAAAAUUGUGAAGCUGCUAAGAAAGCCUUGCUGGAUCAGGUGCCAGUAACAAUUGAUGUGGAAGUACCAAAUGAUUUACAUAGAUUGCUUGCUGGUCAAAAGAGAAGAGAACUGAUGCAAACCUACGAUGUUCAUAUUUUGAUGCCUCCUAAUGAAGAAAGUAGUGACAUUGUAAAGGUAACUGGAACACCAACUAAUGUUGAAAAAGCUAAAUUGGCACUUGCUGACAAAAUUAUUGAAAUGGAGAAAGAAAAAGAAGAUAGACUUUUGAGGUCUUAUGAAUUGAAAUUCAAAGUAGAUCCUGAAUAUCAUCCUUUAGUUAUUGGCAAAGGAGGUUCAGUGAUCACAAAAAUUCGCACUGAUUACGGAGUACAAAUCAACUUGCCAAAAAGAGGGGAACCAGAUGAUGACAUCAUCACUGUUCAGGGUUAUGAAGAUAAGGCAAUUCAAGCCAAAGAAGCCAUCAUGGCCAUUGUGCACCAACUUGACAAUCAAUAUCGGGAUGAAGUAGACAUCGAUCCUCGAGUUCACAGGAGGCUUAUUGGCCUCCGCGGCAAGAACAUCCGACGCAUAAUGGACGAGUACAAAGUUGAUAUUAGAUUCCCAAAACAGGGCGAUGAUAGCAUUGUUGUAAUAACAGGUGAUGAGGAUAAUGUUUUGGAUGCCAAGGACCAUCUCCUAAAUCUUGCAGAAGAAUAUUUGCAAGAUGUAGUGGAUCGAUACCAAAGGCCAGCGGCACCGUCUCUGGGUGAUUUCGGAGACGUGCUGACUGGUGAGGCCGCCGCUGCGGGCGGCGGCGGCGGCGCAGCUGGUGCCGCUGGGGCCGCUGCUGCCGGAGGUGCGCAAGCAGCAGCGACCCCCGGUUUCGUCGUGAAAGGCGGCCCGUGGGAGCAGCGCGCGCCGGACACAGCGUCCACGCACGAGUUCCCCACCAUGCCGGGCGCGCCGAGGGCAGCUGCGCCCAGCCCCGCGCCCACUGCCGCGUGGGGUCCGCGCCGCUAAGUCUUCCCAGUUCGACCACGUCCCCCGAAGUCACUUAUUCGUAUAUAGAUUAAUAAAGAGACAGCAAUUCGCUUCAAACACGUCGAAACAAAGCGAAAAUAAUGAACGAACUAUAUCAAUAUUGAAACUGUUGAAGACACAGUAACCAUGCUAUCGUGUGCUCUUUUAUUAGACACGUUAGAUACCGAGACAACGGGUGGGCUUGUGAUUAUACACAUUAUAGAUGUAUACUGUUUACAUAUACUAAAUCUCUUCAUAUUAUUGACAGAAUUAAUUUUCUUACUCAAUUAUUUUAUUAUAUCUCCGAUUUGGUAAACUUGCAAAUGGAUCAGAAACGCCAAGUAAGAUCGCAAUUAUUAUUUAGCAUUGACAAGCGAUUAAAUAAUUCAUUCCUUCACUCAAUUUAUAACAAAUUAUUUUAAAUUUGCUGUUAUCGUAUUAAUUUUCAAUUUAGAAUAAUAGUGCCGAAAUACGCCAUACGUAUGUAUAUUAAAAUCGUUAUUAUAUUGAUAAUAUAACAUUUUACAGAAAAUUACAUUUUCUGAUUUGCAUAGAUAGUACUUUUGAUACAUAUGCAUAAUUAAUUUAAAUGUAAAGGACCGAUAUAUACGCGAUAAUAUUUUGUAAUAAAAAUAAUAUUGUUUAUCAGAAACAUUUUUAAGCGAAUAGGUUAUGAGUAAAGUUUGGAAACAGAUAUGUUAUAUUUUUAGAUUGCUUCUUUUAUAUGCUAACAUGGUAGAGUAUUUUCAAAGGACUUGUUAUUCAGUUUCAUAUACUGGCCGUUGAUCAAUUGUCUUUGGAUAGCAUAUUUGCAUAUCACAUUGUUAAUUAAUUACUUAACAAGUCUGACUAUGAAUGUGAACCAAAUUAUCACUAUCAAUUUAUACAUAAUAAACUAAUGUUAAUUUGCAUUGAAUUUCCUUCAAAAAUCGAAUGAUCAUAUCUAAAAUAUAACUGAAAGCGAAUUAUUAAUAACUAGUCAUAUAACUUAUCAGUAAGCAAAUCUAAAUUUGUGUAUGGGUUUAUUAAAUUAUUUAUUUGCAAAAUUCGUCUUAUAAUACAAAUUGAAGGAACAGCUACGUCAAACUUUUAUAUGUACAUUAAAAAUUCCAAUCUUUAAACAUAACAUAUUAUAGUUAAAAAUGUUAUGUUGUACUUAUUGGUUAAAAUAAUAAUGAAAUAAUUUUACAUAAUAAUUGUUUUGUUUUUUUCUACAUUGUUUUGUAAGUGUUGCCUAAAGCAGUGAAUAAAUCAUUACUAAUUAAUAAGACGAGAAUGAAUAUUUUUACAAAGUAAUUUGUACAUAGUGAAUUGUGUUUGAAAUAUUAAUAAAGUCUUUUACAGUA